CCUCAUUGAAGCCAAAUCAUAAAAUUAUCGAGAAAUAAUAAAUAAGGAGGCGUUUUCAGAUAUUGGUAGUUAAUUGACAGAAUUAAAAUUCAGGUAGUCGUUUGAACUAAGAAUCAGAAGUUUCGGUGUUCGGGCUGAUUUUCAGGCAGAGUAUUGAGAAAGGGAAAGUUUCAUCUAAUUAUUUAACAAAACACACACUGCGAUGAUAAUUUCUGGGGAUGUAGAAACGUCAAUGUUCCGGUUUCAAUAACAAGUUUUUCUCAUCAGGAAAAAAAAAUUCUACCAUCAACUUUUAGCUUCUUGUCCUUGAAAGAAAAAGCAUUCACUGAGAAGCUUUUCAGCAAAUAAUCUUUUUUUUGGUAAAAAUAGAUAAAUAUCAAAUUCAAAUGAUUUCUAUUUGGUUUUUCUCUAUUCUUUGUGGACUAUCUUGUGCUUAUGAACGAGUAUUGCAAGAUUACCUGAGAUGGAACUACACUCACAUGAAUCCAAGUUGUACCGGAGCUGGUGGAAGUGUAAAUCCUUGCAUGGACAUAAGAGUUUGUGAUUUUGCUGCUGCGUCCAUAGCUCUAGGUGGUUGGCCAACUCUGUGUGGAUGGGUUGGAGAUAAUGUGCCCAGAGUUUGCUGUGGUGUACCAUUGGUCUUUGGAGAAACCUUGAUGAAAAAGAUCGACGAAGAAAACGCAAGAAAAAGAGAAUGUGGAACAGUUAUUCACUCCCCCGGACUAUCAGAAACAGAAAACAAAUUUUUCGAGAUUAAAAACAGUUUACCACCUUUGGAUAAAAGUAAUCCAAACAAAUUCGAUCCACCGCUUGCUGCUAUUACAGACCUCAAAGAUUCAAAAGGCCCAUCAGUUUUACCUGUUGGCGGUGUUUCAUCUAGACAAGGGGAUUUCCCAUGGAUGGUAUCUAUUCGUAAAGCUGGUGUGCACUGGUGCGGCGGAAGCUUAAUAGAUCGUAAUCAUAUUCUUUCUGCUGCUCAUUGCUUUGUAUCAGGAAGGGAGAAACCAGAUCCUACUAUGUACAUGGUGCAUGUUGGCAACAUUCAUAUCGAUAAAGGACAACCAUAUGCUGUAAAGAAAAUUGUGGUUCAUGAAGGCUAUAUUCCAGGGAAAUUUUAUAACGAUAUUGCUAUUCUGACUUUGCACGAAGAACUGCUGCAUCCGAUGAUUGCACACAUUUGCCUGCCCUCUCCUCGAAUAACUUCCAUGAGUUUAGUUGGAAAAAAUACAACUUUAUUGGGUUGGGGAGAUGCUACAUUUGGUGGCAGAGGUACUUCUGUUUUGCACAUAGUGGAAGGAUUACCAGUAGUAUCAAAUGAAGAAUGCCAAAAAAGAUACAAAUCAAAGAUUGUCAAUGUCCUACCGCAUGGAAUAACUGAUGAGUUUAUUUGUGCAGGAUUGCCAGAAGGUGGAAAGGAUGCUUGUCAGAGCGAUUCCGGGGGACCAUUGAUGCUUAAAGAUAACGACAAAAACCUACGAGACUUUCAUCCAAGUAUACCAUACUCCUUGGUCGGUAUAGUUUCUUCUGGAUACAGCUGUGGUGAGCCCGGUUAUCCAGGAAUUUACACCAGAGUUUCGAGCUUCAUUGACUGGAUUAAGAACAAAACAUAACUUAAAAACGUAAUAAAUUUUUUUAAAAAGAU